AUGGUCCGUAAAUUUGGUUUUCACAGAGAACCUUCAACAGUUGGCUUCAAAGACAACUGCGACAAUAUCAAAUUCACAAAAUGGCUUGAAUCCUGGCUUAAAACUCUUUGCUCUUCUGUAACAAACAAAGUGCUUGUGAAAGAGACCAUGAAGAAAGAUCUCUACAGUCCUGAUUCAAUAAUGCAACUUAGAGACCACAUGUGCAUCACGUUUGAUGCACAAAGACAACACCGAAACCUUCUUAUAUCUUCUGACUGGUCUCCUGCAAAAGAAGUGCCUCCUCCCAUCGUCGCGCUUCGACAGAUGUUUGAAUGUACCAGCUCCAUCCCUUCUGAAAUACUUAAACUAAGUCAUAUUUGCCAGGAGUUGGAGCAUAUAGAGGAUAGUGCUACAAGAGAUAGAAGUACUUCAAUACUGAUGUCGUGGGGAAAGUUAUUAAGAGGAGAUUGA